AUGGUAACGGGUCCCGAAAGGACGCCUGGCGGCCUGGGGAAGAAGCUGAUGGAGCCGCGCCCGGGGCCCGGGGGGCUGGAGCCUGAGCCCGAGCUCCAGGGCGCGGGGGGGCCGCGGUCCACCUGCCCCUUUCUGACCUGGAGUGCCGAGGAGGUGGCGGAGUGGGUGGCGCACCUCGGCUUCCCCGAGUACGAGGAAUGCUUCAGGGCCAACGGCAUCACCGGCCGCCGCCUCGUCCUCGCCAACUGCUCCAACCUGCCCGCCAUGGGCGUCACGGACUUCGGCCACAUGCAGGAAAUUUCACGACAUGUGCGGGAGCUGCUGGGGAUUGAGGAGCCUCUCUUCAGCAGAUCCAUUGCCCUCCCAUACAGAGACAACAUGGGUCUCUUCCUAGAGAGGAAGUCCCGAACAGGAAAGAAAGCAGAUGCCCUCACUUUCACAGAGUUCAUUGAAAAAGCAGGACUGGAGCCCUAUACUACAGUUCCUCCUUUGCCACAAUCCCAGACCACAGUGGAAGUGGAUACAGUUCCUUCCUUGGAAGGAUCCCGGACCAGGGUGGAAGUGGAUGCUCUCCAUGUCUCACAGGACACCCGGAGGCAGAAUUAGAGACUCAGGCUGCACUUCUGCCUUGUAAGAAGCCCAGCAGCAACACCCAACUAGACCCUUAUUACCUUGCAGAUUGUCCAAGGAAGUGCAGUUCCACCUUUUCCCAAUUAUAGAAAAGGCCACUGCAGCUCUUAGACAUUGGAUUAGAUCAAACAUAUCCCCACAUUGUCUCUUUCCUGCAGUCCUUCGUUUGCUUACAGGAAC